UAGCAGAGAGAGAGAAAGACAGAGACGAGAGAGAGAGAGGCAAGGGACGGUCCGUAGCUGAUAUUAGUUGUUUGGUUGCCAAGGAAAGUAUCGGAGGAAACGCCAGACAAUGAUGAUGAAGUUAAUGGGACCUUCACCUCCUCGAUUCAGUUUAUAUGUUCGUCUUUGAAAUGGGUGGAGCAGCAAUCCCCAACUACUUCUUCCAUCUACCUUGCUGUGCGUUGUUGAGUCGCUGCUUUCACUUGGGAUCCAAGUCUGCAUCACCAUCACCAUCAACAACAGCCACGUCUUCUUCAUCUUCUUCCUUAUUGCGCUUGUUACAGCGCUCUUCACGACCAUGAUCCUCUGCCUCCUACGCUCUCUGGGAUCUCAAUCGCAGAUCCACCUUUCUUUUCACUGCCGCUUUCCAGAUUCAAGACCGCCCCCUUAUUGCUUUUUCUCAUGGACCCCGCUGCCUCUCGUCCAGCUGUAGUCUUAGAUAAUGGCACCGGGUAUACUAAGAUGGGGUUCGCCGGUAACGUUGAACCUUGUUUUAUUGCACCGACAGUGGUUGCUGUUAACGAGUCAUUCCUUAAUCAAUCUAGAAGUUCUUCCAAGGCCAAUUGGCUUGCGCAGCACAAUGCGGGAGUCAUGGCUGAUCUCGAUUUCUUCAUCGGGGACGAGGCACUCUCCAAGUCUCGAUCUAGUAGUACUUACAAUCUUAGUUACCCAAUUCAGCAUGGCCAGGUUGAAAAUUGGGAUGCCAUGGAGCGAUUCUGGCAGCAAUGCAUUUUUAAUUAUUUGAGAUGUGAUCCGGAGGAUCACUAUUUUCUCUUGACCGAGAGUCCACUGACAGCACCUGAGAGUCGCGAGUAUACUGGUGAAAUCAUGUUCGAGACGUUUAAUGUACCUGGACUUUACAUAGCCGUAAAUUCCGUGCUUGCUCUUGCCGCUGGCUACACAACAUCCAAGUGUGAGAUGACAGGAGUUGUUGUGGAUGUUGGAGAUGGGGCCACACAUGUUGUUCCUGUAGCAGAUGGUUAUGUUAUUGGGAGUAGCAUCAAAUCAGUUCCGAUUGCAGGCAAAGAUGUUACUCUUUUUGUCCAGCAGCUCAUGCGGGAAAGAGGAGAGAAUGUACCACCUGAAGAUUCUUUUGAAGUUGCUCGCAAAGUGAAGGAAAUGUAUUGCUAUACCUGUUCUGACAUUGUUAAGGAGUUUAAUAAGCAUGACAAAGAACCAGCCAAGUACAUCAAGCAAUGGAGAGGGAUCAAACCAAAAACAGGGGCACCAUAUUCCUGUGAUAUUGGCUAUGAAAGAUUUCUGGGUCCUGAGGUUUUCUUUAAUCCUGAGAUAUAUAGCAGUGAUUUUACCACCCCUCUGCCAGUUGUUAUUGACAAGUGCAUUCAGUCUGCUCCAAUUGACACAAGAAGAGCAUUAUAUAAGAAUAUAGUUUUGUCCGGAGGAUCAACCAUGUUCAAGGAUUUCCACAGGAGGUUACAACGUGAUCUGAAGAAAAUUGUGGAUGCCCGUGUUCUUGCAUCUGAAGCACGUCUUGGUGGUGAUAUAAAAGCGCAACCAGUGGAGGUCAAUGUUCUCAGCAAUCCCAUCCAGAGGUUUGCAGUUUGGUUUGGAGGCUCGGUGCUUGCCUCAACACCUGAGUUCUUUGGGGCUUGCCAUACAAAGGCAGAGUAUGAGGAAUAUGGAGCAAGCAUAUGCCGGACCAAUCCAGUUUUCAAGGGGAUGUACUGAACCCGAGAUGAACCAGAGUUUUUUUGAUGAGAAUACUCAACCACAGUCUGGUUGAGUGUUCUUUCUUCCCAGGUGUAUUCAUAUUGGCAGGAGUUGGUGUAAAAUAUGUACAUUUAGUGAGAAAAUGGGUAAAUUCUCAUGCCAAUUGCUUUCCCGCGGCAUAUAGUUACAGAUGGUCAAUAUGGUUGCUACCAGGCCCGUAUGGUACAGAUAUGAUAGAAAGCAAUCUUCAGGAAAAAGUUUGGCUGAAUUGCAAUUUUUGGUGUUCAACUUAGAGUUUGAUGUUAUACAUUUUUUCAUUUGUUGGGACUGAUAAAUACCCUUCAAGUACUUUUCUAGGUAGGAAGUUCAAUUCAUUGGGAUUGAGUUGUAAAACUAAUAAGUACUAGUGCAGGGUUAGAAAUAUGUUCAUGUGGAAUCACUUAUUUGCAUUUUUUUGGUACAUAAUGUCUAUCUGGAUUUUGCUAAACGCUGAUCAAAGUUCGAAUCUUAAAUAUGUAGGACAGGUUCAUCUAUA